AUGCUACCUGAAGAAAUAUGUGGUACGUCAGACAAAUUAAUUCCUAUCCCAGGCGAACAGUCAUUAAAUAUUUUACCAAUGAAAAAACCGAGAAAACGAUCUCUGCCUAGCGAAAAACCAAAAUCAAAUCAAAUAAAAAUGAAAUCAAACAAUACUAAAACAUAUAAGAAAGUGGGACUGACUGCGAAUGUGACACUGAAUCCUCAGUUAGUGGCGGCAAAUUCUAAUUCCAUGAAUAGUGGUGUGUUGAUUGUCCCUACAACCAUCUCUUCUGAUACUUCUACUUUUCAAUUACCAUUCUGUCUCAGACCUCUUCUACUUUUAUCACAAGGACAUCGGACUAAUAAUAAUUUAUUCACUAGUCAGCAGUCAUCGUUCAACAUUAAGAAAGGAGAUGAAAGUAUAUUAUCACAAAAAUGGACUGAGACGAUUCCAACACAAGAGUUGCCACAACAAAUUGCGUGGAAACAAUCAAACGAAUCUAUACAAAUAUCCUGCUCUAUUGAUAGCAAACAAAGGUAUUCUGUACAUUUACCACCCAUAGAAACAUUAUCUCAACAUCGAUCCGAUACGAUUACAGAACAAAUUGUAGAUAAUUGUUGUAUGUCAAUCAAUAACCAACAAAAUUUUUUCGAAACAAAACGAAACAAUUUAAGAAAAUCUGUCACAAACGGAAAUCAACAUAGCCACAACGAUAUUAAAAACAAUACCGUAAAAAAAUUAAAUUUACGUAUUCCGAUUGAUAAUUCGAGUUUUAGCAGUCAACGUUCUUCAGUGCCGAUUAUUGGCGAGAAUAUCACAUUAAAAUCCUCAGACCCGUCCGCAACUCAGAACUUUAAUGGCAUAAGAGAAGAAAAUAUGAUAGUUAAUGUUAAUAAUAAUUAUCAAUUUGAUCCGAAAACUGCCCUGCAACUAGCCCAGGCUAGACAGUUAGCAUCUGUGUCACAAUAUACCCAAACGAACGAAAGAUGGACACAGCAAAACAUCCUUAACCAAAAAAGUAGGUGCCGGAAUAGUUGA